CUGCCGGCGCGGGCCCUUACCCAACCUCGUCAUCAACGCGAAGCAUUUGCGUACGACUACGAGAUCACAUACAAGAUGCCGUCGCACGGAGGUGGAUGGCUUCCGGGCUACAUUUCGAUGGGACAGCCACUUAUGGAACAACCACUCAUGGAUAUGAACCAGAACAAUGCGAUGGCUCCGUCGAUGGGUUCUACUCUUGAGUUCAACGACACGGCAUAUGCGCAGUCUGUGUUCAACGCCGAGGGAAUCACCCAGGCCUUUGACAACAACCAUGUACCUAUUGACUGGCCUUCGUGGAACGGCGCAUCAUCCCAGAACUACGGCAUGCAGAGUGUAGGAGGAUUGGAGCGGCCUCCCGCAGACUUGAACCCUCAUCUUGUCGGGCCCUUGGGUCAUGGACGCCAGAGCAACAGCUUUGCCAACACGCAAAGCGAUAUGCCCUUCACCCAGAACUUUGGAGUUGUCAACAGAGAGCGGGACGCACUUCACGACAGAUUUCUUGCGUUUAUCGACAGCAUUAAGAGCGAUUCAGUUUCCAUGUUGGCCAAGAAGAGUCUAUUUGGAGCCAUUGUGGAGAAGGUGCUCCCAUACCGCUAUGCCGAUGGAGACCGCCAGUUUCCAUCCGCCUCUUGGUACGAUGUUCUGAUGCAUAACGAGCCCGAUGUUGGUGUUAAGACCUUCGUCAGUCUUUGCUCUGGCUGGUUUCGCCAGAUCAGCGCCAAUGAAGCCGACCAUUAUGCGUCGAUUUUUACUUCUUACAAUGAGACGCUUCAUGCGGGCCCUACCUUACCCGCCCAGCCGCAGCCACGUUUGUCAUGUGACAAGUCUAGAUCUCAAAGGUCUGCAAAGACUGCUCGUAUCACUGAGCACCAAAACGAGAGUCUCACGACCAAGCUGCAGGAGCCCCUUACUCUGCAUUACCAAGGUCUCAUCGAGGACAUGGACCAGGCUUCAUCUUUGGAUGCAGCGUACAAGCACCACUUUCGCCGAGAUUUCACUCCCCGGGAACAUGAUUCUUCGUGGCCGACCACGAGAGAGAUGAGCCGCGAGUAUGUCAAGAAGCUGCAUGAUGCUAUCCUUGAUACAAGCUGCUUCCAAGAGAAGCUGGACGCAAUCGAGAAGAAGGCGCAGCUGGAUACGAAGGCACAGUCAACUGGUCAAUGUGUCGGUGACGCAUCCGGCCCAACACUGAAGCGGAAGCGAAGUCAGUCUUCACCGAAGAAAUACCCCGGUCUGAGUGCGACGGCCUCCAUAUAUGCGAAUCCCGAUAGCACCCCCACAGAUGUCCUCCGUGCGGCCGCCCGCUGCGAGUUGACAAAUAUUGAAGAUUCCGCACAAGCCUGUCAACAAGGGUGGGAGUUGAAGCUCAGAUGGAGCGGAGAAAGUUGCCCGGCAUGGGAGAAAUUCGAUACCUUCGAGGAUCGCUGGAAUGAGAUUUGCACGAACAUGCGGAACUUGAAAUCGACCCUCCACUCUGCCUUGGGCGGCGAUUGGAUCAGCAGACUGGCGGCAAGCCCGACGGGCGAACGCAAGCGCAAACAGGAGAACAAAGCGCUCAACAAGACCCGAGAUGCUCAGAAUGAGCUCGGUCGCGACAUUCAGAAGAGGCAAAAGGCUGCCUCAGCUCCGACCCCAGAGCCUGUCGACAAGAUGUCCUGCAAUGAUCUCUGGGGAGGCAUCGUCGACGACGUUAUAGGGCAGGAUCCCUUUGACUUCGCAGUAGCUAACGGCAUGCCUCAGGGGAGCAAUGAUCUCGUCGGGUUUCCUGACAUGAGCGCCUUUGACACGCUCACGACUUGGGGCGCAUUCCCUCACGGCAACGAUCAAGCGGCGACGGAGAACGCAGCGAGCCUGCUUCCAUUUCAAGUAGACGAGGGCGCUCCGAGUUCAGCUCUCGAAACUUUCGACAGCGGCGUAGAGAACAAUCUUCCGGGUCUUGGUCUCCUUUCUCAGUUCCAAGGAACCUUCGACGCGCCAAGCAAAGACAAAGACGCACUUCUCAAUCCUCUGGAUCAGCUCUGGAGCGACCAGAUUCCCAUUGAGACGCAGAAAUAUUUCUUCGGCGCCAUAAUCCACAAGGUCCUUCCGUAUCGGUUCAAUGACGGCCUACGUCCGUUUCCCCCGAUCGAGUUUUACCGGCUUCUCCUCCACAAUGAGCCUUGUGAGGAACUCAAAGAAAUCGUGGAAGUCUACGCCGGCUGGCUUGGUCGCAUGUCGACAGCUGAGGCGGACUACUACGUCAAGGUUAUCACUAACUACUACCAAUCCAUCGAGAAUAUCAUCGUCAAUAACGCUGCUUCGUUGAGUCCUCAGGUACGUCCGGCUGUGACGCAGACAAAAGCCAAAACGGCAGGCAAGUCUGUUAGAGUAGCGGAACACCAAGACGAGUUGCUCCGAGUGGAACUUGAGAAGCCCUUGAUCUUCGAAUACCGGGGCCUCAUCAAAGACCUCGACAACGCAGCGUUGCUGGACAAAGCUUACACAAAGCACUACCGGCGGAUCGCCAAAUCGCCUAAAGAGGACGCGACGUGGCCAGUCACAAAGGAGCAGCGAGAAAGAUGUGCGAAACAGAUGCACGAUGCAAUCCUCGACACGAGUCUCAUCGAGGAAAAGCAAGAGGCCCUCCAAAAAUGGCAAGCGAAGAUGGAGAAGGUGUCUGAUGGCGAUGCCGAUGCCCGAGCAGAUUCGUUGAAGCGGAAGAGAGGCAAGACGAAGCCGAAGAGAUACCCCGGGCUCGGUGUCACCGAUUCGGUCUACAUCGACCUGGAGAGCACUCCGGCUGAGCUCCUUCGCGCAGCGGCCCGAUGUGAUCUGAGCAACAUCGAGCGUUCCGCUCUCAAUUGCCAGCAGGGUUGGGAGCUCAAGCUCCGAUGGGCCGGUGAUAGCUCCCCUGGCUGGGAGCCGUACGAGACAUUUGAGGCACGAUGGGACCAGAUGUGCCACAAUAUGCGGCACCGCAAGACAAUGCUGCACUCGGCACUGCGUGACGACUGGGUCAACAGACUUGCAACCGGUCCAUUGGGGGAGUGGAAACGCAAGAUCGGAAAUAAGUCGCUGAAUAAUAACCGUAACGUCCAGAACGAACUGGGACGCCAGCUUCAGAAGCGGCAUAAGACCAUCUCCGAGGAUUGUAUGCCUGAGAAGGGAUCUCAACAGACAGAUGUGGAAUUCGCUUCAGAUCAAGGUCUCUCAGAGGGUAGAAGGCUCUGA